AUGACCCAAAGAUACGUUUACACAGAGGAGGAGCUCCAAACUUAUGAGGAUAAAGGCUCUCUUCCCGAAGGUGUGGAUCUUGCACCUUUUGCCGAGAUGGUUGCCCAGUUGAAGCAGACACUGGAGGAACUUGAUGAGAAGAGAUCGAAGAGAAGAGGUUUCGGCUUCUACUAUCCUCGUACGAACAAACCAAGGAGAAAGAGACAGCCAAAAGAAGUUGUUGAUAAUGACGGAUGGACAUCUCUGGUGCCAAAGAAGCAUGCCCAAUCAUCUGCCGAGGCUGCUGCUGCCGAGGAGAAGGCCGAGGAGUUCGAGAAAAGCGAACAGGUGCGUUCUUUCAAGACGAAUACUGCCAAAAUCUCUUCCGGAAAGACAGGAACCGCAUCUACAAAAGAUACAGUUGCUAUUGCCCACGUUUCCAGGUUCAAUGCGUUUGAUGCUUUAAACGAGGAGGACGACUCGGAUCAGGAGUAG